AUGAAUACGAAUGCGAAUAAUACGACCGACAUUGCUUCCAGUGAUCCACCUUUAGAAUCACGUUCGGUAACCAAUCCAGCCAUACAAACAAGUCGACAAAGACGAAGAAAAAAAUGCCAUGGACAUAAACAACGAAGACGUUUUCGUCGAAGACGAUAUAAACGUGGUAUGACUAAAGAAGAGGUUGACAAAAGACUUCAAGCACCAAAACGUGCUAAAAAAAAGCAAAAGGUGAAACAAUCGCAGAAUGUCACUGCUUCGACAACAACUGUAGAUCAGAAGGAAACAACGGCAACAUCGGCAUCAAUACCAGUAAGUGAUAAUAGUAUAGUGUUGUCGACCAUAUAUCAUAUCUUUGCAUGUCUACUAUUGUACCUAGAAAAAACAAGA